AUGCCAAUGGCGCUCGCCUGCGCGACCCUCCUAUCCAUCGGCUUUGUCGGGCCGCAGGGGCCUAUCCGUCGGACUGCAGUCGUCGGCCCGCGUGCCAGAUCGGCCCGCUGCUGCGACGCCGGCGACGAGCCCGCCGAGUCGGCGCUCAAGAGCCUGUUCACCACGAACCGCGACUCGCCCGACGCGAGAGCCAACCAGCUCGCGUGGGCGCGGAGGCAGAUGGAGGCGGAGGUGCCGCAGACGACGCUCGACGGCGCGCCCAUCGCCGGCCGCGACGACCUCAUCCGCAAGUACAUUGCAGCGGAGAAGGAGAAGCUGGGGCGCGAGCUGGAGUGGGAGGAGGCGGCGGGCGAGGUUGACGCGUGGCUGCUGAAGCAGGCCACCGCGGCGCCCGCCAAGACGUCGGCGGCGGACGUCGGCGCCGCGCUGGCCGUCUUUGCGGCCGCCUUUGCGCUGCAGCUCUACUUUUCCUCGCGGUGA